CAACUUGUGAGUUCGUACAGUAUCACGGUUACAUAAAGAUACAAUGCACAGCUGUAGAUAAGGCCACAAACAAGACUAAGACGUUCUUCAAGUGUCCAAAUUCUAACGAUUACUACUCGGUGGUAAAACGAAGUUGCAAGUACCAACAAUUUUCGAAAGCAUGCCCUAACGAUCCUAUGUUUUACCAGAUGUGUGCAGCUAUAAACUUGGAUUGCAAUCAAAGAGGUGAAGAGGGGAUCACUUCUAUUGAGGAAACGCAUUAUCACAGCAAAUUCUUGUGCGCUCGUGCGGUCUGUGAUAAUGGAGAUACUACAUUCGGUUUGGAUGACAUCUGCGGACAUGAUCAUGAUGAGGAAUGCAAAAACAUUCAAUACAGUACAGACACUUGUGCAGUACCUGAUGACACGGAUCAUACAUACACUUGUAGAACUCCUUGGAAAAAAGAAAUAAUCGAUUCAAACCGUCUGUGUGAUAAGGUCUGUGAUUGUUAUUUGUGCGAUGAUGAGGCAAUUUGUAACGGGUUUACCUAUGGGAUCUUAUGCACUAAUAUAUACACUAAAACACCUUAUUACCAACCAGCAUAUUUCAUAUGUGACGGCAGAGCUCAAUGUUUUUAUGGAACUGAUGAAAUGAACUGUCAGGAAGGGCCAAUGUGUAAGCAGAGAUUCAGUGAUGUCACAAGACCUAUGGUAAAUGGCACAAGAUGUGCUCCCUUGUUUCUGAAUAUUGUUCCAUAUUGUGAAGACUACUCCGACCAACUGAACUGCACAGACCCCUCAAUUGCAAACCUAACAUGUUUUAGAGGCGGCUACCCUGUCUCCGUUGCUGACAGAAUGAGAUGUCAUGGAAUCACAGAACUCCGACUUUGUGAUGACGGCUUUGAAGACAUGUGCGUGAGAAUUGAUAUCACUUGUAAGGUCCACAAACAUCAAAUUUGCGAUAAAGUUAAGGAUUGUUUCAACGGAGCAGACGAGUUGCAUGUCACUUGCCGUAGUAUGAGCAAGUAUUCAUGUAAGAGGGCAUUUGGUAUGGAGAACAGAGUAUUAAAAGUACCUUUGAGCUGGAUUAAUGACGGAUACAAGGACUGUGAAGAUGGUAUAGACGAAGGAGUGGUUUACCCAACCUGUGGUUUCACCCCAGCUACAAUGAGACUCAAGAAAGAUAAUGAAGAAUGUGGAGAGGUUUUCCUAUGCGGUUCUCCUCCUUCAGGACAUAUAGAAUUUGAGCACUUGUGUGACCAAGUAAACACUUGCGGUAAUGAAAAUGCGCUCUGCCAAAAAGCAUUCGAUUCUCCAGGGAUCCACCAAAAGAUAGAUAGCUAUGAAAACCAUAUGUCUGUUUCGUACUGUCUAAAAGGUUUGGACAAACUUUCUUACGUAGCAGGAAAUUGUUCGAAGACUGAUUUUGGAUAUCAAGGAUAUGAACUUCUUGGAAGAACACAGCUGCUCUUGGAUGUUCCAGAAACAAAGUUUGACUGCAAAUAUGUGUACGGUGAGAUGUAUGUCUAUCUUGCCUGCAUAGGCCAGUGUGCCGCUUCCAUUUGUCCACUUGAAGAUCCUAUAAGACAUGAUUCAUGUCUUGGGCAGUACCCUUCAAGAGUUUACACACUCGCAGAUAACAACUUUCUGACCUUUCUUCUGCCGUAUGGAGACAACAAAUACCACAACAAUUUGUUUCCUUGUGAAAAUGGAUUAUGUAUUCCUUAUGAAAAAGUUUGCAACUUGGCAAAUGAUUGUGGGGAUUUCUCCGACGAAAUAUUGUGUAAUAACCAUUUUCAGUGCCCAAAUAGUACAGAAUAUAUUCCUCUUUCUAGUGUCUGCGAUGGCAAACCAGACUGUAUCGACUAUUCAGACGAAUGUAAUGGCAGAUGUAAUGUACGGAUCAUUGAGAAUACUGUUCUCACAACUGUAGCCUGGCUUUUAGGCUCAUUAGCGACACUUUUGAACCUCAUCAUCAUCAUAAGAGGAAUGUAUACUUUCAGAAAAGCUUCAACAGUGGCAAUGCUUCUUAACAAACUUCUUAUCCUCCUCAUAGCAUUUGGUGAUCUUUUGAUAGGGAUAUAUCUUUUAGCUAUAUCUAUCUAUCACGAAUCGCAAUACCAUAGUUAUUGUCCCAACAGAUUCGAAUGGUUAACCAGUAGAUCAUGCGCUUUCAUGGGCAUCGUCAAUACUGUGGGUUCUCAGCUAUCACUCUUUUCAAUGACAGUCUUGAGUUUGAGCAGGGUUUUGAGAAUGAACAAAUUAUCUAUCAGCAAUGAAACGACUUUAAAAUCGAGCAUUCCUGUGUUUUUGAUUGGUACCCUAAUUCUCAUAGCUUCCUGUUUAGUGGCAGCAGUGCCCUUAUUUGAGCCCUUUGAAGAUUUUUUCGUCAAUGGAAUUAACUAUCCUAGAAGCCCACUUUUCGUCGGAUCUGUUACAAAAUUUAAGCAUCUCGAGAUUUUUGAAGAAUACUUUGGAAGGAUGAGAAAUAAAGAUCUCUCAUGGAAAAACAUAGACAGAUUGGUGGUGAGUAUGUUUAGUGAUGAGUAUGGAGCUGGAGGAAUCACCAGGAACCAGGUUCAUUUCUACGGAAACGCAGGAGUAUGCCUCUUCAAAUAUUUUGUCACUUCCGAUGAUUCUCAACGAAUUUAUGUGUGGUGUACCCUGUUUCUUAACAUCAUAUGUUUUGCAUCAAUAACUAUGGCUUAUAUCAUUAUUCAUUUCAUAUCAGCCAAAUCAUCGAGUCAAUGUGCUAACAAUAAUGGAAACGAGCAACUUAGAAAAAGAAACAAGCGACUUCAAAGAAAAAUAACUCUAAUCAUUGGGACAGAUUUCUGUUGCUGGAUACCAUUCAUUGUCAUGUGUUUUCUCCACUCUUUGGAAGUGACAGACGCUAGUCCUUAUUACUCCCUGUUUUCCAUUGUCGUCCUGCCCAUUAACUCAGUCAUCAAUCCUCUACUAUACGAUGAAACUGUUAGUUUAUUGUUAUCAAAAAUAUUUAGAGUAUCAAGACAACAAUUUAGGACAGAAGCUUCUGCAGUGACUGGUGAGUUAGAAAUGAAUUCAAUUCAAGAUGCUUCACACGUGACAGCCCACACAACAGUUGCUCUACGAGAAAUAUCACCAGCAAUGACUGCUCCAGAACACGAUUAUAAAACGCCAGAAACUGUCAAGUUAGAGUCUCAGUCAGGAAGCAGAGUUGAACACCAACCAAAAGCAAAAUAUAUUAAUGUAAGCGAGGCGAGCCAAAUAAAAGGUGUCAAAAAGAUGACAUCGAAUAGGGCUCGUGUUGUUACAGAAAUAUUGAAUGAAAGACUUGAAGAAGAAGGAACGGGGCGCCAUUAAGGAAAAUAAGUGGAAACAAUUACUACUGAUGAUAUUAUACUCCAAACAUUUAAUUAAGAUUAGACAGGCAGAGUUCAUUGCGCGAAACAACUGUGGUCAACUGUCAGUCACCUGUUGAACGAAUGAGCAUUGCAAUGAAAUGGUUCAUUAAAUGACAAUGAUAAAUAAAUAUUGUGUUUUAGAGAUUACUGCGGUAAUAAUAAUAUAAUUAAUCAAUGUUUUAUUCUGCUUACUUCAAGUAACAUG